AUGGAUGCCGUGGACCCAGAAGGAGUAUUGGGCUCUCUGCGACUCUACCGUGAGCACUGCAGCAUGUUAAACGGGGCAUUCGUGAAGGAUCUCUCACUGCUCGGGCGAGACUUGGAUAAGACGGCUAUUCUGGAUAACAGCCCGGUGACGUAUUUAUUCCAGCAGCGGAACGCCAUCCCUAUCCCCUCAUGGUUCGACGAUCCCAACGACACCGAGUUGAAGCGGCUGCUACCGAUCUUGGAGGCCCUUGCCAAGGCGGGCAACGUGUAUGAUGUUUUGGACGACUACAACGCGGUACUGCAGCUGAAACAGGAGCAGAUGCGGGCUGAGAAUAAUUAA